AUGACAUUGGCAUCAACAGCAGAGACACAAUGGCUGGCUCAGCUAGCAGCGAUGCGGGCAGCAAUGCGACCAGCUAUUGCUGAGCUCGAAUUGCCACCACUUAAAGGAGAAAUCUACGGGGCUGAUAUAGUGGAUGAGAUUUCUUCUGAAGAUGAUCCCGAGGAGGACAUCUGGGAGGUGUCGAGCGAGCAUGAUGAGAGCCCUCCUAGUGAGGAUGGACUCCUUGAGAGUAACGGCUUCUCGUGGAGAGACAGGAGCCACGAUCAGAACUGGCUCAGACAGAGAUGUCUGCAAUAUAGCCAGUGGAGACCUGGAAUUGCUGCGGAAGAUGUUUUUGAGCAGAUCCUCUCCACUUUGGCUGCCCAUCUUUCUGAAGACGAAUUGCAGAUGGCCUUGGCAGAUAUUCUAGGACUUGACGAUCUGGACUUUGUGAUUGAGAUCAUAAGCCAUAGGCAGGAAUUGCUCGAUAAGCCUCGAGCUGCAGAUGCCAAUGGUGUUCUUGGAAGACUACAGACGAAGCAGGAAAGAGAUGCCGCUCUACGGCAGCAAGACUAUGAGCACAAACAUGCCUUACUUGCCCCAGCUUUGAAUCGUGGAGAGGAGCAAUUACCGCAUGUCUACAAAUCUCACAGCGCUGGAAAUACUCUGGAUGCCGCAGGAAGGAAAUAUGCCUUGCCAGUUGGAAGCUCGAGGACAGAGCACGAGAAGUACGAAGAGUACUCAAUACCUGCUGCUAAAGUUGGGGUUCUAGCUGCCGGUCACAAAUUGGUACAAAUCAGUGAUAUGGAUGGCCUUUGUCGGCAAACUUUCAAAGGCUACAAAAGUCUCAACCGCAUGCAGAGUCUGCUUUAUGGUGUAGCUUACAAAACGAGCGAGAACAUGUUGAUAUGCGCUCCCACAGGUGCAGGGAAAACCGAUGCUGCUAUGCUGACAAUUCUGCAUGCGAUCUCCAAGAACAUAUCGCCUGAUCCUUUCGAAGAGCCUGACGCGUCCGAAUUUACGGUACAGGUAGACGACUUCAAGGUUGUUUAUGUGGCCCCGAUGAAAGCUCUAGCUGCUGAAGUCACCGAGAAACUUGGAAGGCGUCUGCAGUGGCUAGGAAUCCAAGUUCGCGAACUUACAGGAGACAUGCAGCUCACGAAACGAGAGAUAGCUGCCACGCAAAUCAUUGUAACGACGCCCGAGAAGUGGGAUGUUGUGACAAGAAAGAGUACUGGCGACACAGAGCUUGUGCAGAAAGUCCGGCUCUUAAUCAUUGACGAAGUUCAUAUGCUUCAUGAUGAGCGGGGCGCUGUUCUAGAAUCAUUGGUGGCCAGAACCGAGCGUCAGGUCGAGAGCACGCAAUCUUUGAUUCGAAUUGUUGGCCUGUCCGCCACUUUACCGAAUUAUGUUGACGUUGCAGAUUUUUUGAAAGUCAAUCGACACACCGGUCUAUUCUAUUUCGAUGCCUCUUUCCGGCCUGUACCACUCGAGCAACACUUUCUAGGCAUUAAAGGGAAGGCUGGAACCAAGACCGCACGAGAGAAUCUCGACACAGUUGCUUUUAUCAAGACCAAAGAGAUGCUGCUUCUUGGUCACCAAGUAAUGGUCUUCGUGCACUCACGGAAGGAUACUGUGUUGACCGCCCGUAUGCUGCAUCAGAAAGCAAUGGACGAGCAAUGUGAUGAUCUUUUCAUGCCUGAGCACGAUCAUCCAAGCUAUGUCACGGCAUUGAAGGACCUCAAAAACACUCGGAGCCGCGAGUUGCGAGACCUGAUUCCAAAAGGUUUUGGCGCCCACAAUGCUGGCAUGGCUCGAGCGGACAGAAAUUUUGUCGAACGCCUGUUCGCAGAGGGGGCUAUCAAAGUACUAUGCUGUACCGCAACUCUUGCUUGGGGUGUUAAUCUACCAGCAGCCGCCGUUGUCAUCAAGGGAACCCAGCUCUACAGCGCAGAAGCGGGAAAAUUCGUUGACCUGGGCAUUCUGGAUGUCCUGCAAAUUUUUGGCCGUGCUGGCCGACCUCAGUUCCAAGAUAUUGGCAUUGGUAUGAUUUGUACUUCCCAGGAUAAACUGCAGCACUAUCUGUCAGCUGUGACACAACAACAACCAAUUGAAUCAAAGUUCUCGCAGAAAUUAGUCGACAAUCUCAAUGCCGAGAUUUCGCUAGGGACGGUGACGUCUGUCUCGGAAGCGGUGACGUGGAUUGGAUAUUCGUAUUUGUUUGUGAGAAUGAAACGAGAUCCAAGGAACUACGGAAUUGAUUGGAGUGAGAUUAUGGAUGAUCCGCAACUUGUAGAACGACGGAGAGAUCUAGUCGUCAAAGCUGCACGGACACUCCACAACAGUCAGAUGAUCAUCUUCAAUGAGAAGACUGACGAGCUGCGGGCGAAAGAUGUGGGUCGCAUUGCCAGUCAAUACUACAUUUUGCAGACUAGUAUUGAAAUCUUUAACACCAUGAUGACGCCAAGGGCAAGCGAGAAAGAGGUGUUGAAGAUGAUCAGCAUGAGUGGGGAAUUCGAUAACAUUCAGCCCCGUGACAGCGAAUCGUUAGAAUUGCACAGGCUUGUUUCGGAGAAGAGCAUUGUUCCGUAUGAAAUUGAGGGGACAAACGAUCAACCGCAUGCCAAAACCAACAUCCUGUUGCAAUCUUACAUCUCUCGAGCACGUAUUGAGGAUUUCGCUCUUGUUUCGGAUAGCGCAUAUGUGGCUCAGAACUCAGCAAGAAUCUGCCGUGCGCUGUUCAUGAUCGCGCUCAAUCGGGGUUGGGGAUAUCAGUGCAUCGUUUUGCUGUCACUUUGCAAGUCCAUUGAAAAGCAGAUGUGGCACUCGCAACAUCCAUUUCACCAAUUUGAUCUUCCCCAACCUAUCUUGAAAAAGCUGGAUGAGAAGUGGCCCGCUUCCGCGGUAGAAGAACUACGAGAGAUGGACGCGUCGGAAAUCGGAGCGCUUGUCCACAAUUUCAAAAUGGGUAAUACAAUCUCCAAGCUUCUGGACAACUUUCCGACCUUGUCUAUUGGUGCUGAAAUUGCGCCACUUAAUCGCGAUGUCCUUCGCAUGAAGCUGUUUUUGUUCCCUGAGUUCACGUGGAACGAUCGUCAUCAUGGUACCUCGGAAUCGUACUGGAUCUGGGUGGAGAACUCGGAGACAUCAGAGAUCUUCCAUCACGAGUAUUUCAUUCUGAGUAGGAAGAAACUCUAUGAUACACACGAGCUCAACUUCACUAUUCCACUAUCCGAUCCUCUACCAUCUCAAAUCUAUGUCAGAGCAGUGUCGGACCGCUGGCUUGGGGCUGAAACAGUCUACCCUGUCUCAUUUCAGCAUCUUAUCCGGCCUGAUACUGAAAGUGUCUACACGGAUCUUUUGGACCUGCAGCCGCUGCCCAUAUCUGCAUUGAAAAACCCACUUCUUGAAGAAAUAUAUGGGCAGCGGUUUCGAUUUUUCAAUCCAAUGCAGACACAGAUAUUUCACACUCUGUAUCACACCUCCUCCAAUGUUCUCCUUGGCUCACCCACUGGUUCCGGCAAGACCGUUGCAGCGGAAUUGGCCAUGUGGUGGGCAUUCCGAGAAAAGCCGGGCAGCAAGGUUGUUUACAUAGCACCAAUGAAAGCACUUGUCAGGGAGAGAGUGCAGGAUUGGGGAAAGCGCUUGGUCUCGCAGAUGGGACUGAAGCUAGUAGAACUAACCGGUGACAAUACUCCAGAUACGCGCACGAUCAGGCAUGCCGAUAUUAUCAUCACCACCCCUGAGAAAUGGGACGGUAUCUCUAGGAGCUGGCAGACCCGUUCUUAUGUCAGACAAGUAUCUUUAGUCAUUAUUGACGAGAUUCAUCUUCUGGGAGGAGAUCGUGGUCCCAUCUUGGAGAUCAUCGUUAGCCGCAUGAAUUAUAUUGCAUCACAGUCUGAAUCCGGCUCUAUCAGGCUCGUCGGCAUGUCCACUGCUUGUGCAAAUGCGUCUGAUCUUGCAAAUUGGCUUGGUGUAAAGUCUGGAAAUAAUCAAGGGCUCUUCAACUUCCGCCACAGCGUCCGUCCGGUGCCUCUGGAGAUAUAUAUUGAUGGCUUUCCCGAGCAGCGUGGCUUUUGUCCACUGAUGCAGUCGAUGAAUCGCCCGACCUUCCUAGCCAUCAAAUCUCAUAGUCCUGAAAAACCUGUAAUCGUUUUUGUUGCUUCACGACGGCAGACUCGGCUGACUGCAAAAGACUUGAUCAAUUUCUGUGGAAUGGAAGAUAAUCCUCGACGGUUCCUGCAUUUUGCUUCGGAGGAAGAUCUCCAGCUAACGUUGUCCACCGUGAAGGAUACAGCGCUUCGAGAGGCACUCAGCUUUGGCAUUGGUCUUCAUCACGCCGGGCUUGUGGAGAGCGAUCGUACAUUGGCGGAACAACUGUUUGCUAACAACAAGAUUCAAAUUCUUGUGGCGACCUCGACUCUAGCCUGGGGUGUAAACCUCCCUGCACACCUGGUCGUCGUCAAAGGAACCCAGUUUUUCGAUGCCAAACUCGAGGGGUACAAGGACAUGGACCUGACUGACGUGUUGCAAAUGCUGGGACGUGCUGGUCGGCCACAGUUUGACUCGUCAGGUAUUGCCCGGAUCUUCACUCAAGAUGCGAAGAAGGCGUUCUACAAGCAUUUCUUGCACACAGGGUUCCCGGUCGAGAGUUCGUUACAUAAUGUGUUGGACAACCAUCUUGGAGCAGAAGUUUCAGCCGGCACGAUCACCACCAAGCAAGAUGCGCUCGACUAUUUGACAUGGACCUUCUUCUUUCGGCGACUCCACAAAAAUCCUACCUAUUAUGGUCUCGAGAUCUCAGCAGAAGAGCACCGCGAUAAUCCUUCGACAGCGCGCCAGCUUGCGGCCGAUUAUAUGAUCGAACUGGUCGACAAAUCGCUGCAUGAUUUGGCUGGAAGCGAUUGUGUCUUGGUUCAUAGCAAUGGUGACGUGGACUCCACCCCUUUUGGGAAGAUCAUGUCUUAUUACUAUCUCAGUCAUCUGACAGUUCGCAUGAUGUUGUCGAAAGCACGUAGUACUCACUCACCAUCAUUUGGCCAUGUUUUGGCUUGGGUUAGUCUGGCCAGUGAAUUUGAUGAUCUUCCAGUGCGACACAACGAAGACCUUAUCAAUGCAGAGCUAGCGAAGAACCUGCCGCUGGGCACUGCUGGACUCAUGGACGACCUACCAAUGUGGGAUCCACACAUGAAGGCCUUCCUUCUGCUACAAGCUUUCAUGUCCCGGAUUGAACUGCCCAUCAGCGAUUAUGUUGGCGAUUGCAAUUCCGUACUCGAUCAGAGUAUUCGAAUUAUUCAGGCAGGGAUCGAUCUAAUGGCUGAAUUAGGACGCUCGACAGUCGUGCAACAGAUGGUCUGCCUGCUCCAGUGCAUCAAGUCUGCCAGAUGGCCUCAAGACUAUCCAUUAUCCAUUCUUCCUACUGUCAGUGAGUCUCUAAGUGAUGAAUUAGCCGCUCAGGCACCAAAAGAUCUUGUGGCGUUGUCCGAGAUGCCGGCAACGAGGUUGGUCAUUGUCUCAGAGACUCUUGGAGUUCUUGCCGCUCAACGGAACACAUUCGCUAAAGUAGCUGGGACAUUGCCACGAAUACGUCUGCGUGUCUCUGAGCUGAAUCCGGAUCACUUUGUGGUUGAGUUGUUACGACAGAACGCACUCGUUAAUGCUAAUGGAUACAUAUAUGCCCCGAAAUUUCCCAAGCCUCAGACAGAGGGAUACUUUGUCCUUGUGUACAAAGACGGAACAGUGGUAGACUUAGUUGCGCUAAAAAGAGCGAGCUGGUCUCUGCAUGACAAUGUAGGGCCGAAGCAGGGAGGCAGAAUAGCUCCAAAGAUGGAGAGUCGUGUUAAAAUCAAGGUACCGGCUUCGAAAGACGAGACGAAGCUUCGUGUGGUUGUUAUGAGUGACGCAUACCCGGGUAUGACGUGGGAGCUAAAGGACAUCCAGAUUCCUGCGGCACAGCCAGAGACGAUUGCAAUAGAGGAAGGGAGCGUUCAGAAGGUGGCAGGGUGA